AUGCUUCAACAGUUUACCACCAAUAGCUUCGAGCUCUAUUUAAGAACAUGGCCAAGAUCGUCGGCGUUUAGAAGACCAGAACGGCAUGAGAAAGCCCCAGCAACGAAAAGUUUCAUGAUCGAUGAUAUUUUGAAGAGGGUGGAACCGGCAAAAAAGAGCAAGGAAUAUAGUGAGCUCUGUAAGUAAAUCGAAGUCUUGUCUAGUUACAACUUUUCAGACUCCAAGUUACUUCGUGUCCCGUUUUAAGUUGUUUGUAAGUGUUGCGUGGCAAAUCGUAAAGAAGUGAAUGAUGCACAUUAGCCGGCUUUAGUGUUUUAUCGCCGAGAUUCAUUUGCUGAUUUGGUUUCUUUUUGAAUGGAGUUACACGAUUUUUGUCGUUUGCUUGUAACAUGUUGAAAAUUAAGCCGUUUUAUUGUUUGGCAACAAAUUUGUUAAACUGCCGACGUCUUCUUGUUCAAUUCACAAAUCGACGUCAUUUAAUAAAAUUUGCUGUGGUUGCCGACCCACUUAGCAAACAGGAAAAACGACAAGCAACACAGGAAAGUAUCCUGAAUCCUUCAAUUAAGAGGUUUCACUUCAAAAUAUGGAAGUUCAAGAUUAUAAGGGUAAGAGAAAACAAAAUGCCACCCUUUUGGAAGUCAGUUGGUUGCAAUCAAGUUGGUAAAUUUAGUCUAGAGAAGACAAGGCGGGGUUACGGCUUUAAAACAGUCUAUAGUGCCACCAACAUUGAGUUAUAGUGAACUUGAAAUUCCAACGAAAGUGUUUUUAUCAGUGGAAAUUUCCUAUAAAGAUUAGUCUGGCCUUGCGUUGAGUUACCAAUACAUCAAAAUUGUUACAAGCCGUGUCGUUGUCUAAGGACGGCCAUUGUCAUUGUAUUUGAGAAAAAUGGAUUGUCGCUAUUUCUGUUAAUAACUCCUUGGUUCUCGCUCUUGAAAGCAGGUAUAGCGAAACCAUAAGUGAAUCCCGCAGAACAAAUCAUGCCACUCCGGGAAAAACGUUUUCAGAACUCAGUUAUAGAGUUGCAAGUUAGGCGGGUGGAAGGUAGCGGGGAACAGAGGCAGCAAACGAUGAAGUUCGAGGAUCCAUUGUGUUUCAAAACUCUUUAUGAAAACAUCAUCAUCUUUUUCAAGUCACACCUACCUCGAAAACUUCUUCUGGCGAACUGUUUAUCAGCUUCAAAGUAUUUCUAAUAAAAUUAUUCCUUGACGGAAGUCUAUGAAUAAAAUUUUCAACCUAUCGUACAAGAAUUUAAUGUAAGAAUUUUAAUUUUCGCAGCAUACAUCUGGAGUGGUCACAUGCCAACUUUUUCUCUAUAUCAAGCUAAUAUGGACAAGCUAGACGCCUGUAAGUAUAAACCUCACGCUUUGACUUUUUUAGGGAAGAGUGAAAAUCCCGGGGUGGGGGGUACUCCCUUAUAUAAGCCUUAUAUGUAUGUGCCGCCCCAAAGGGGAGGGUUCUUGGGUCGUUUUGGUCUGAAAACGGGUAAAGACUUUGCCCACUUGGGUCUGGAAUCGGGUACGGUUCUCGAGGGAACUUGUAGGAGUGCAUGAACGUGUUCAUCGUUUCAGUUCCACGGAGGUAGAAAGAAAGAGAUAUAUAUGAGAACGUGAAAUCUUUUCCGUUCUUGUUCUAAUCAAGGCAAUGAUGAAAUAAUUCCUUAGACGCCAAGUCUGAAAACAGGUGUGGAUUUUAGAGGCCAGGUCUGAAGAGGGGUGUGAAAAAUUACAUUUUUUGGUCUGAAAUAGGGUCAAGAUUUGGAGAACCGGGUUGCACACCCCACCAAUAAUUCCCAGGAGUGCCUCCCCGGGGAAAAUCUUAACCGUUUAGGGGUUUUAUUGGGUUAAAGACUGGUUCACUCAACAGAAGUACUCGUGAACUCAAGAAGUAUAGGGAAUGAUCUAACAGAAACCCGUGGCUUGUGUUUACUAUUUGUAGCCCAAGCGGGCAGGUUUAUUAGAUAUUAGGCGUUUAAAUAAUGGUAAUGGGACUGAGUGGAGUCCAAUUAAGGGUCUGUAAUUAUAGGAGUGAUUAACAAAAUCAGACGACCGCGUAGCGGGGAUCCGAUUUGCUAACACACGAGUAUGAUUACAGACCGAAUUGGACGACACAAAGUAAUCAUAACAAUUACAAUUUCCAAUAAAACAAAUGGAUCCCCUUUUGUGAAUGAGCUUUUAAUACCAAUUAUCCAAAAUUACGAAAAAUAUCACUGGUAGACACAGUCUAAUGUUACGAAUUCGUCCAUUUUGGAAAAACCCCAGUUUGGUAGGUCAAGUGGUUGUUGCUAUGGUUAUUAUGAUAUAAAUUCCGUGAUUGAUGGAUUUAGCUGAGUGCACUCCAUAUGAUUGGCUGAUAUAACUGUCGGGUUUACAGGUAUUCGAUUACAGUCAACUGUUCGAUUACACUGUCUGAUUUCAACUCCACACAAUAAUUAGUGAAAAAUAAUUUUAACGUUUUUUUCAGGAUUUUAAUAAAGCAGUUAAUGCACCAAUCAAAUUUGAGGAAAUUGUAAUGGUUGUGGUUCAUGAAAGAGAGAAUCGUUUAUUCUCAUAACUGUAACAAACUCCACAUAAUAAUAAGCUAGGCUUCAGGCGAACAUAUCACCACAGCAGACUAUAUAUCCAGUAGGCCAUCCACUGAUACAUCUAAGCCGCUUAGAGAUCAGGGGCCUGUUUCUCGAAAGUCCCGAUAAUUAACGGGCCCGGUAAGCUGUUACCGUUUACAUUAAAGAUCGAGGUUUCAAUGGUUUUGCAUCUAACAUGAUAAAACUAUCAGUUAAUGAAACAAAAUGGAGUUGUUUCUAGCCAGGACCCGCGCUCUUAUUCUUUAUGUUUCGAUUUGAAUAAUUGAUUUCGGGCCCGAAAAGUUACCGGGACUUUCGAGAAACGGGCCCCUGAUCCUUAGUUUGAAUCUGACACUCAACAGCCAGGGUGUAAUGCGCAGACUCUUGUCAAACAAAAAACCAAAAAAUAAUUGAAAUGAUUUUGCUCUAUUUUACUAUUUCCUAUUAUUAUGGGGCAACUGUCAUGAGGGGCGUAUUAGACAAGAGGCUUUUAUUUGAGAGGGCGUCUAUUAGAUAAUUUACGGCUGCACCGUAAUUUUUAGGGAGUUAUUAUAACUCCAAAAAUGGAGUAAAAAUUUUAGGUACAGGAUAACCCCAUUUUUGGGGUUAUUUUAACUCCUAAUUUAACUCCGAAUUUGGGGUCAUUUUUACUCCUGAAAGAGAGUUCUUUUUACUCCCACUCUGGAGUUAAAAUUACUCCGAAAUGGGGUUAUUUGUACUCCUUACAUGGGUUGUUUUUACUCUUUUUGGAGUUAAUUUAACUCUGAAAGUGGAGUAAAAAUUUUAGGUACAGGAUAACUCCGUUUUUGGGGUUAUUUUAACUCCUCAAUAUCUGGGGUCACUUUUACUCCUGAAAAAGAGUUCUUUAAACUCCUUUUUGGAGUUAAAGUAACUCCACGAAAAAUAACUCCACUGUAAGGAGUUAAAUUAGCCCCACUAGAGGAGUUAUUAUAACUCCCUGAAAAUUACAGUGUGAAGCUCGUGAAUUUUUAUACGUCCAACCUAACUGCAUCUACCCCUCGUGAUAAGAAAAAAGGAUCAACAUAAAAGCUUGGCAGUUCCUGAAAACGAGGCAAAAACGGCUAUUGAAAGAACAUUAUGGUAUUUUAGGAAAAAAAAUUUAAAAACCCCGUUUUUUACAUGACAUGUAUUUCUGUAUUUAGAUGCAACACAACAAGCAAGUCAGAGGAAAACUGAGGUGGUAUGCCCAAUACCGAAGUAUUUUCGCGCCUUUCUGCACGAUAGCCGGCGUUUCCGCAGAACACGCACAGUCUUCACGCGUGCGCAGCUUCACGAACUGGAAGAAAGAUUUGAACGCGAAAAAUAUCUGUCUACCCACGGAAGGAAGGACUUUGCACGACAACUAAAACUCACGCCGUUGCAAGUGAAGACGUGGUUUCAGAACCGGCGAAUGAAAUGGAAAAAGGAAAUGUUGAGGAAAGACCCGAAUGCUGUAACAACGCGAGCGAAGGGUCGUCCCAAAAAGGACGAAUUCUGA